UUUUCACAACGAUAAAUUAGUAAUUACUAAUUAAUAGUUGAAUAAGUGUAAUAUAUUUAUAUUUAGACGCAAGCGGGGACGAGCAUGAAAAAGAAAUAAAAAAAGAAGAAAUUGGCAAGUCAAUUAUUCACGUUACAAAUACUAUUUUUAUUCAAACCAAAAAGGUUUGAAAUAAAUAAUUAACAUAAGUAGAUACCUAACUAUAUCAUCGUAAGUAUAUCUGCAUGUAACGUGGUCGGUUAAAUGACCAGUUAAAUAUAAUAUAUACAGAGAGAGAGUUGUAGGACCCUAUAGUUAUAAUUACCGUAGCCAGAGGUAGAUAUUGGAAUCUUGUUCGAACUUGCCGCCACUUUUAUUACCUUGUGUGACAACCGGUCCGCGAGACAGCGCGUCGCGCGGUCCGUGGACGCCGGGCUCCAGCCAAGUCGCCGCCAGUGUUGCCAAGUCAGCCAUUUAAUAGCUAAAACUAGCAUUUUUUAAGGAGCCACUAGCCACUGAAAAUUACAUCUAGCAGGUAGCCACAAUUCUAGCAAUAUUUUUUAAUUUCAUAUUAAAUAACACAUUUUCUAGCACUUUAAUUAAUUUCAUCAGAUACACAGUAUUUAGUAAUAAUCAGUAAUUACCAAUCACUUAUUAUUAUUAAACGUCCGUGGACUGUGGAGUAUUGAGAUAGAUUAGGAUAACAAUUAAUAACAAUAUUAUCUACAACCACACCACUGCUGCAGCUGCUGCUAGCUACACGAAAUAGGAAUAUCUUCUUAUCUUAACCGUAGUCCGUAACCGGCUUGUUGAUUGAUUUCUGACUUCUUGAUUGUCUUCAAUAGUUCUAUGCUCCCUAUACAAACUACCUUUACAAUACACAUUUCAACAUUUGUGAAUUGUCAGAUAUAAAUAUAACAGGAAAUAGGAAUAUCCUAGAGCUUUAUUCUAUCUUCAACUUCUGCUAGUCAACCUUUUCGUCGCUCACGAGUCUCGUCUGUUUUUUUCUCCGUGUGUGACGAUUUAAACUAUACUUUAUACAUCUAAAUUUAUUAUGGGUAAACCGCAAUAUACUCAAAAAUUCCGAAAAGAUUGGUUGAAUAAUAAUCAAUUCAAAGAUUGGCUAGUAGAAGUUGAAGACGAUGAAACGAAGGCCAGGUGUAAGUAUUGCAAGUGUGAUAUUAUAGCAAAAAAUUAUGAUCUUACAAAACAUUUGACAACUAAGAAGCACAGAACAGCAUCAUCAGCCUUUUCAACUUCUAGGAAUCUUUCUAAAUUUAUGAAACCUGAAAAAUCUAAUAAAUCUAACUCUGCUGAAGGUAGUUUGAGCUUAUUCAUUGCUGCCCAUACUUCAAUUUUACCAGUAAAUCAUUUGGGGGAAUUAUGCAAAAAUGUAUUUCAGGGCUGUGAUUCUGCCAAUGAAUUAAAACUACAUCGAUCCAAAUGUACUAAUAUAAUUGUAAAUGUUUUGGCUCCACAUUUUAAUUAUGAUCUUUUAAAUAGUAUUGGCAGUGGGCACUACAGUAUUCUUAUUGAUGAGUCUACAGAUUAUAAGUGUUAUUAA